UGUUUCUACACGAACGCGUUUCUGUGGUGGGUCACAGAUGUGUUGACAAGUGCCGUGGUUCAGGUUUAACGCACUCCAGUUUUUAUUGUAGCAAAAAGACGUCAUGUCUUCCUCAGAUGUCAUUUUGGGUUUCCUGGACGACGCGGAGCCUUGGAGGCUUCGCUCCCCGCAGUUUCCCAGCAAAGUCGGCGGCAAGCCGGCAUGGCUUUGCCAGCGAGGCCCGCCGGCGCUGGCCCGACUAGAGUGCGAGACAUGCAGCCUGCCGAUGGCCUUUCUGGUGCAGGUGUACGCUCCAAUCACCGGUCAGGACAGAAGUUUCCACAGAACCCUCUUUGUAUUCUGUUGUAAAACUCCAGAGUGCUACACUCAGAAUGACAGCCGUUGUGUGAAAGUUUUCAGAAGUCAGCUGCCUCGGAGGAAUGAAUUCUAUUCCUACGACCCACCACCAGAGGAUGAACCCUCCAGUGAUUUUGACCCAGACCAAAGCGUGCUGCCCGCAUCUGGAGUGAAAUUGUGUUGGGUGUGCGGUUGCCCCGGCAACAAAGCCUGCUCUCGCUGCCACGCCAUCACAUACUGUGGGAAGCAUCACCAGACGCUUCACUGGAAGCACACGCACAAGAAGGAGUGCGGCAGCUCGAAAGAACAGACCGCCUCCCCGUUUCUCUUCCCGGAGUUUGAACUUUUAACCGAGCCAGAAGAGGAAGAGGAUAAUGACAAGCGUGCCGAAGGAGAUGACGAGAUGGGAGUAACUCAGACCAGUGCAGACUGUUCCUCCUUGACAGAAAUGCUAGCAGAGACUGACCUGGAGGACAUGGCAAUGCAUGAGACUGAGGACAACAAAGUAUUCCAGCGCUUUAAAACAAAGAUUGCACCUGAGCCUCAGCAGGUGUUGCGCUACAGCCGGGGUGGCUCUCCUUUGUGGGUUACUUCACAGCAUAUUCCUUCAGAUACAGAUAUCCCAGCAUGCACCUGUGGCGCCAAGAGGACUUUUGAAUUUCAGGUGAUGCCCCAGCUUCUGAACAGUCUGCGUGUGGACUCCACAGGUGCCAGUAUUGACUGGGGGACUCUGGCUAUAUACACCUGCUCUGUCAGCUGUAACCAAGGUGACCAAUACUGCCUUGAGUUCAUUUGGAAGCAGGACUUUAGCACAGAUCAGCAAAAUCAAAUUAAACAAUCAUAACAUCUCUAUUGCCUUGAAUAAUAUUCAUUUUAUAAUAGCGGCACUUUGUUUUACCGCACAGCUCAUACUGACCUAAACUUUGAGGUUAUGAAAUGCAUGCAACAGAGUAAGUUUGUUAGUACAUCGCUGCUGUUGGAACAAAACUAUCAGAAACUGAAGGACCUCUUGUGUAAAUGUGAAUUCAGCAUCACAAGUGCCUUUGUACUGCUAUGAAUGUGAGUCCAGUCUGUCCACAUUCUCAAAUGCUUUACAGUGCUUCCAUCCCUUGCUCGUUUGUACAGCUUUCUUAGUUACUGAUUAGUGAACCAAGCAUAAGACCGUGUGCCUUAUCUCCCUAUAUUACUCUACCUGGAUUUUUCAGCAAACCCAAUCAAUAUACACAUAUAUCAUAGUUAAGAUACUGAAUUUGACUGGAGUUUGUUCGGUUCAAAGGAACAACCUGCUUAGUGGUAAAAAAACAAACAAAAGCAAUGAUGGAUGGAGAAAAUGAUCAGACUCGUUCUUUUAAAAUGUAAAAAGGCCACUUUCUGAAGAGUCACUAUGUACAGAUUUAUUGUACAUGGGGGAAAUGUCAAUUCUGCAUUUUUUUACAUCAGAUAAAGCAUUUAACUUAUUUUAGAAACACGUUAAGAGCAAAUGGGUAUUUAAAAAAAAAAAAAAAAA